AUGGCGCCUCUCGUCCCCUGUUUCUCGGCGGAAACAUUACCCGACCAUGUCAACACCAUUCAGCGCAACUUCCAGGACAAACGCCGCAAAGGUCCCGACGUCAACCUGAAAGAGUGCCAGCUCCUCGAGAUGCUCCAGUACUCCUGCAAUCCGCCGCAGGAGGAAAUUCCACAACCGGGGGUCAUUGUGUGCAAGCCAGUGGUUCGACUAUUCCGACGCUGCGCCGCCGGAUUGACGGUGGAAACUACAUCCUGGGAGCCUCUCAGGCAGGCCGAAGAGGCAAAGAAGCAGACAUUGUCUGCUGCAAAAUCAUGA